AUCCCGGGUGACUGCGGCCCCUUCUUAAGCCCGCAGAGCCUCCAGCUGCCCCUCACUGGACUCUCCUGCUAGUCUCCCUCCCCCACGAUGGCCUCGGCGCUGAGCUAUGUCUCCAAGUUCAAGUCCUUCGUGAUCUUGUUCGUCACCCCGCUCCUGCUGCUGCCACUCAUCAUUCUGAUGCCCGCCAAGUUUGUCAGGUGUGCCUACGUCAUCAUCCUCAUGGCCAUUUACUGGUGCACAGAAGUCAUCCCUCUGGCUGUCACCUCCCUCAUGCCUGUCUUGCUUUUCCCACUCUUCCAGAUCCUGGACUCCAAGGAGGUGUGUGUCCAGUACAUGAAGGACACCAACAUGCUGUUCCUGGGUGGCCUCAUGGUGGCCGUGGCUGUGGAGCACUGGAACCUGCACAAGAGGAUCGCCCUGCGGACGCUCCUCUGGGUGGGGGCCAAGCCUGCACAGCUGAUGCUGGGCUUCAUGGGCGUCACGGCCUUCCUGUCCAUGUGGAUCAGCAACACGGCCACCACAGCCAUGAUGGUGCCCAUCGUGGAGGCCAUGCUGCAGCAGAUGGAAGCCACCGGCACAGCCACCGAGGCCGGCCUGGGGGCACUGGAGCUGGUGGAAAAGGGCAAGACCAGCGCGUUGCCAGGGAACCAAGUGAUUUUCGAAGGCCCCGUCUUGGGGCAUCAGGAAGACCGCGACAGGAAGAACAUGUGCAAGGCCAUGACCCUGUGUGUGUGCUAUGCCGCCAGCAUAGGGGGUACAGCCACCCUGACCGGGACAGGACCCAACGUGGUGCUCCUGGGCCAGAUGAGCGAGUUAUUUCCUGACAGUAAAGACCUCGUGAACUUCGCCUCUUGGUUCGGGUUUGCCUUCCCCAACAUGCUGAUCAUGCUGCUGCUCGCCUGGCUGUGGCUCCAGUGCGUUUAUAUGAGAUUCAAUUUUAAAAAAUCCUGGGGCUGCAAGCUGGAGCAGGGCAAUGAGAAGGCUGCCUACGAGGUGCUGCAGGAGGAGUACAGGAAGCUGGGCCCUGUCUCCUUCGCGGAGGUCAACGUCCUGAUCUGCUUCCUCCUGCUGGUCGUCCUGUGGUUCUCCCGCGACCCUGGCUUCAUGCCCGGCUGGCUGUAUGUCGCCUGGGUGGAGGGUGAGACAAAGUAUGCCUCCGACGCCACUGUGGCCAUCUUUGUGGCCACUUUGCUAUUCAUUGUGCCUUCCCAGAAGCCCAAGUUCAACUUCUGCAGCCAGACGGAGGAAGAAAGGAAAACUCCAUUUUAUCCCCCUGCACUGCUGAAUUGGAAGGUGACCCAGGAGAAGGUGCCCUGGGGCAUUGUGCUGCUACUAGGGGGCGGAUUUGCUGUGGCUAAAGGAUGUGAGGCCUCGGGGCUGUCCGAGUGGAUGGGGAAGCAGAUGGAGCCCUUGCACGCCGUGUCCCCAGCAGCCAUCACCAUCAUCUUGUCCUUGCUUGUUGCUGUGUUCACUGAGUGCACAAGCAACGUGGCCACCACCACCCUGUUCCUGCCCAUCUUUGCCUCCAUGGUAAGUAACCCUGAUGGCAGGGUGGGGGUGGGGACUUGGGCCUCAUUUCAUAGGAAACUGUCAACACAUGACCAUGUUCUGGGUCCCCGGAGAGGAGAUGAAAUCGGGGCUAGAGCCCGACCAGGCUUUGUGGCCUGGGUCUGGUCCUGCUGUGGAUCUGUGUCCCCAGCCGCCCCACUCCGGAGGCCCUUGCUGCCUUGCCAGUUCCUCUUUGUGUCCUGCACACUGACCAAAGCACCAGACGUGGACCAGAUGUUCCAAAUGUAUUUCAUAAAUCUGACUGGAUUAUUUUUCAAGCAGAAGGGACAGGACUUGUGCCAAGGAAGAGUGGCCAGUGCCACGGUCUUUGGGUUCACAGCACAGGGGUGCAGGACUGCAGGGCAGGAGGAGCACCAGGGCUGGGACCCACCAGAGGGAGGCCUUGGGGAAUGGGCAGGUGAGGAGAGAGCGCUCUGGGAACACGGAGCAGCCCGGGGAAAGGCAAUGGGGCGCAUGGCUGAGGACUCCGGGAGCCUUGCCGGGUGAGCCUGGGGCAAGGGAUCAGUGGUGACCCAGGCCCAAGAGGUGGCUGGUGGCGGAGGGGCUGCUGAGCGCCAGGCUAACAUGUCCUGUUCUGUGGGCAAGCAUGUUUUUGAGUUGGGGUUGAGAAGAAAGCAGAGUUUAUAGGAAAAUCGGUGGGGAUGUUUCUUGCAUUUCCUUCUGUCAUUCAUUGAAAAGCAGUGCCAGCCUCGGGGUGCUGUGGAAAGAGCCCUGGGCUUGCAGUCAGAAGACCUGAGGUCAAGUUGUGGGAUCCCCAAACAUGUCUCUGAAGUUCCUUCCUCCUAGAGUUGCGCUGAGGGUCAAGUAAGAUGGGAGCUAUGAAAAGCCUCUGUGGACUGCAAAAUGAGCAAGGCGAGGCCGCAGUUAUUCUGGAGUCAGGAGACAGACUUACAAGGGGCCUGAACACAGGACUGAAGUUGGUAAAUUUCCAUUUGGCUGCCUGGGUGUCCACGUGUAUAAAAAGCAAACCUAAGUGGUUUUUUCCUUCCAUUCCAAGCAAAGAUGAAAGUGUUAAAAAUAGCAGGGUGGCUUGUGUCCUCCUCCCCUGAGCAGGCCGCCCAGACGGAUGCUGAGGAAGAGGAGCACCCUCUGACACUGGGUAUGUGGAGGUGAUGCCUCCCCUUCCCCAGCAGAGGCCCUGGCUUUGCCAUCUCCAGCACUAACAGGGAGCAACAAGGGUCCCAACCAGACAAAUGCAGGCCUUAACCCCAGGGGGUGGCCAGGCCCUUUGCAAACAGGUUUUUCUAGAACCAGAAGCCCCAAGCAGGAUGUCCCCCAGCUACCUCCAAGACCCUCACACUCCGGCCUCAGCACACACCUAUGAGAAAGGCAAAGGUGGUGGUCGCCAGCUGAGUCACAGAGGAACGUGGGGUGCACACACCGUAGGGUGACCAAAGCUAGGAGCAGCCUGCGCCCUUCCUGGGACCUCUCAGUUACUCCCAGAGGGAGUGUAACUUGGUGCAGCCUUUUCAGGGGGCUGUUUACCAACAGGAACUGGAAACUUAAACCUGCUCAUACCCUUUGACUCAGCAAUUUCAUGUCUGGGAAUAUAGCUUAGAAAAUAAUCAGAGAUUCCUAGUAGCAUAUAUUAUGGUGAUGUAAGACAGAAUCAUUUAUUAUAAAAAUAUAUCCAUAAUAAUAGGGGGGUGGUGAAAUAAAUUAUCGUAUAUCCAGAUAAUGUAAUACUAUCAGGCGUUAAAAACCACAGUUUUGUAAAGUAAUAAAGUGGGAACAUGCUCAUGGUAUAAUUUUUUAAGUUGAAACUGUAAUACAAGGCCGGGCGAGGUGGCUCA